CACACCACAAGAAAAUGCAUGCCAUUCGGUUUCCUAAUUGGCUUUGUUUGUUUCUAGUUGGUGGCUUAACAUUACUGGUAAUUCAAUUAUGGAGGCGGCCGCGGCGGCAUUCAACGAAGGGGAUUCCUCCAGGAAGUCUGGGGUUGCCGUUGAUCGGAGAAACUCUUCAGUUCAUGGCUGCAAUUAGAGGUGGUGAAGGCUUCUACCAGUUCGUACAAGCUCGCCGUCUCAGAUAUGGGAAGUGCUUCAAGACCAACAUAUUUGGGGAGACUCAAGUGUUUAUUUCAAGCACAAAAUCAGCAAAAGUAAUUUUAAACAAUGAGACGGGAUUAUUUACCAAGAGAUACAUAAGGUCAAUAGCUAAGUUGGUUGGCGAUGAAAGCCUCUUGUGCGCCUCUCACCACCACCAUAAAAAGCUACGUGCUCGCCUCCUUAACUUAUUAUCCACAAAUUCUAUUGUUUCCUUGAUUCAGUAUUUGGAUCCACUUAUUGUCCACUCGCUUCGAAAUUGGGAACGUGCAGGCACGGUGGUUGUACUUGAAGAAACUCUUAAGAUUACGUUCAAAGCAAUGUGUAAGAUGUUGAUAGACUUAGAAAAUGAAAAAGAAGUGGAUGCAUUACUAGAGCAGGUGACACAUGUUUGCAAAGCCAUGUUGGGAUUCCCUCUCAAGUUUCCUGGGACUAGAUUCUACCGAGGUCUCCAGGCAAGAGAAAAAAUCAUGCAGACAUUGGACAAGUUGAUUGUUGAAAGAAGAAGUUCCAUGGGUAGCCAUGACGAUUUUCUUCAACAGCUUCUAAUGGAGAACGAUGCAAUAUCCUCUUCUCGUCAUACCCUAAAACUAAGAGAUGCUGAGAUUAAAGACAAUAUAUUGACCAUGAUUAUUGCAGGUCAAGAUACCACGGCAAGUGCUCUCACAUGGAUGGUCAAGUAUCUUAGUGAAAACCAAAAAGCU